AUGAUCAGGAUGCCCAAACCCGCCCUUGCGCUGCUGUCGCUCUUCUCGAUAGCAUCCGCGGCGCCUCUGGCAACUUGCCCAGGAUACCGAGUCACCAACGCCCAAUCUGGGCCUUCGUAUCUCGUCGCCGACCUAACUCUCGCCGGCACCAACUGCAAUCUCUACAGCGAAGAUAUUACCAACUUGCGCCUGACCGUGGAAUACCAGACCGACACCCGCCUACACGUCUUGAUCGCAGACCGCGAGCAAAACGUCUACCAGAUCCAAGACAACAUCCUACCACGGCCUCUCUCACAAAAUGCCUCCUCCCAAACCGCCGAUCUUCGCUUUACCUACGAAGCCUACCCCUUCUCCUUCAAGGUUACACGCGCCAGCACCGGCGACGUCCUUUUCGAUACUUCUCCAUCGCCAUUGAUCUUUGAGACGCAAUACCUCCGCUUACGCACGCGCCUGCCUCCGAACCCGAAUCUGUACGGGCUGGGAGAACACUCAGAUUCUUUCCGGUUGGCGACAGAUGGGUACAAAAGAACGUUGUGGAACUCCGAGGCGCCCUACAUACCGCAAAACCAGAACUUGUACGGGAGUCAUCCUGUUUACUUUGAGCACCGCGGUGGCAAUGGUACGGGAGGGACGCAUGGAGUUUUCUUGAGAAGCGCAGCGGGGAUGGACGUCGUGAUUGGAAAGAGUGAUGCCGGAGAGCAAUACCUCGAGUAUAACACCAUUGGGGGAGUGCUUGACUUUUAUUUCCUGGCCGGACCGGGUCCAGAGGAAGUGAGCAAGCAGUAUGCCGAAGUUGUUGGUCUCCCCGCAAUGAUGCCGUAUUGGUCGCUAGGAUUUCACCAGUGUAAAUACGGCUGGCCGGAUCUGGGGCAUGUCAAGCAGGUUGUCAAGAACUAUAGCGAUGCAGGAAUUCCGUUGGAGGCCCUUUGGGACGAUAUCGAUUAUAUGGACAACAAGCUGGAUUUUAGUACGGAUCCAGUGCGGUAUCCUCAUGACCAGCUGAAGGGGUUUGUGGACGAACUGCACGGGAAAGAUAUGCGGUAUGUGCAGAUUCUGGAUCCGGGAAUCAGGUACAAGAGCGACUAUGGCCCGUUUACCAGGGGUGCCGAGAAGGAUGUGUUUCUCAAGGCGGCUGAUGGGUCCUGGUAUCGUGGCCUGCAGUGGCCUGGGGAGGUGGUCUGGCCGGAUUGGAUUGCGCCGCAGACAAAGGAGUGGUGGACGACAGAGAUUCUGACAUUUUAUGAUCCGAAUAAUGGGAUCAAUGCGGACGGGCUGUGGGUUGACAUGAAUGAGGCGAGCAACAUGUGUGCGGACACUACUUGUCUCUCUUCAGGUCAGAAAACUCGCUCCCUGCCUCAGUCUUUAAUCGGCAAAAUCCAUCCACGCGCCCCAGGCGAUGGACAACACCUCGGCCUCCCCAACCGCGACCUCUUCACCCCCAAGUACCAGAUAGCGAACCACUACCCCACCCUUUCCAGCCGCACCCUGUUCACCAACAUCACCAACUCGGACGGCUCAGCGCAAUACGACACCCAUAAUCUCUACGCCCUCACCAUGUCCUCCGUCUCUCGCUCCGCCCUCAUCUCCCGCUCGCCCACCAAACGCCCCUUCCUCCUCACCCGUUCCACCUUUUCGGGAUCUUCCCGCUUCGCCGCUCACUGGUUCGGCGACAACUUUUCUUCCUGGGCCGACUACCGCGCCUCAAUCCGGCAGCUCCUCAGCUUCAGCGCCAUACACAACUACCCCAUGGUGGGCUCCGACGUCUGUGGCUUCAACGGCCAGGCCCAAGAGAACAUGUGUGCACGCUGGGCAGUUCUCGGCGCUUGGCAGCCCUUUUACCGCAACCACGCCGACAUCUCCGCUCCCGACCAGGAAUUCUAUCGAUGGCCUUCAGUCGCCGCUGCCGCGCGCAAAGCGAUUAGUGUCAGGUACCGACUGCUGGAUUACAUCUACACAGGCCUUUACUACGCCAGCAAAACAGGUGAACCGGCACUAGUCAAACCGCUCUGGUUCCUCUUCCCCUCCGACCCGGCAACAUACGGCAUCGACACGCAAUUCUUCCUCGGCGACGCAUUGCUUGUUUCUCCCGUGGUAGAAGACGACGCCCAAUCCGUCACUUUUUACUUGCCUCAAGGGAAAUGGUACGAUUUCUUUACGCAUCACCGGAUUGAUCAGACUUCCGCUGGUGGCCGAAACGUUACUGUGUCGGGAGUAGGUUGGGAUCAGAUCCCUGUUUAUAUUCGUGGCGGAAGUAUCUUGGCCCUCCGCCUUUCUGACGCUUCGUUUACGACCGGACAGGCAAUGACCACUGCCGAAGUCCGGACGCGGAACUUUGAGAUCGUUAUUGCCCCUGAUCAGAACGGCAAAGCGAAGGGGAGACUGUACUUGGAUGAUGGCGAGAGCUUGGAUUCGAGAGGGAAGGAGAGUGAGAUUGAGUUUAUCUGGGAUGGAACAAAGUUAGAGGUGAAGGGGACGUUUGGGUAUGAUACGAAGGGGGUGGUGGUGCAGAGAAUAGUGCUUUUGGAUGAUGGGGUUAGUGGGAAUGAGCAGAGGGAGACUUCCUAG